AACAAAAAACACUUUUGGAGUUUCCCAAAGUGGCUUGGCGGCGUACGAGGUCAGGUCGUUCGGAGAAUGGGCGCUGGUUAGGACAAGAGCGUCCAGAGAUCUCCGCCUUUGGGCUCCUGAGGUUCCCACAGGCUCCCACUUAGCGGUCCCGGGGGCGGGGGCGGGGGCUGGGCUGUCACGGCGGGAAGGAGCCCGGCCGCGGCGGCCUCGGUGUCCGGGGAGGGGAGCAGCGGGCGCACUGGCCGCUCGGACCUCGGAGCCGCGGGCUUAGCGGACGGCCGGGCCGGAGCUCCGGACGCGCGGCCGGGGCUUCCACCCGCACCCUCCCUGGCGGCGCCAGUCUUUGGAAUCUGGCGUCUCGGCCACUUCGCCCGUCGGGGUGGUGGGGGGCGGGGGCGGGCGCGGGGUGGCCGCCAUACCGGGCCGAAUGGGGCUGGGGAAAGAACUAGGCGGAGCUCGGCCGCAGGACCGGCGCCCUCGUGGAAGGACAGCAGAAGAGAUCCGUUUCACCCGAUCGCUCCCCAGCCUGGGGGUCUCGGGAAACACGCGGUAAUUUACCCCCAAGAACCCCGCCCCUCUGGGAGAGGAGGAGAGGCUGCGAGGCUGCCGGGGCGGUUUGAGGACCAGGCCCGGCUGGGAAGACUCCAACCUUCACCUCCCCGGUCCCCGAUCCCGCUUCCCGCCGUCUCCCGGCGUCGCCACGUCAGGCGGCCCACUGGGCCCGGUCUCGCCCCACGCCCGCACCGCCCCCCAGGGGGUGCUCUCACUGUGCAGCGAGUCCCUCCGCUGCCUCCUCCCAGCCCAAAAUGGCGGCGGCGGCCACCGAGCCUUCUCGUCGCCUUCCUCUAGGAGCGGGGAUCCCUCCGCGCCCACAGCCCCGCCCCUCUCAGCCGGGCCUACUUUCCGCCUCGUAAAGCCGAACGCCAUCAAUGAACUCUUUAAUUGAGCUCGGAAGGCGCAUCCGGUUGUGCUUCCGCACGGCCAGCGUUGACACAGUGACAGGCGAGUUGACCAAUGAGAGAAGGCAGAGGUGAGCGCGGGACGACUCCCGCGCAAGGGUAGAUGGGAUUUGGAGUUCUCGUGGUCGCUGUUGACGUGACAGGAGCUUGGGUCGCCUUCCAAGGCUAGGAGAACUACAAUCCCCAGCAGGUACCGCGCCGUAAGGGCUGUUCCCCCUCCCCCCCGCCCUUCCUCCCCGCCCCCCAACCUUAGAGCCUGAGCGGCUUGACCCGGGAGAGCUGCUGCAACUGCAGCAGGAGGCAGGGCUGAGGCGCUGGGAAUUGCAGGCCGACGGUUGCACAAAAAGACAACAGAUGUAGUCGGUGUGCAUAGCCCUUGCCCUUGACAACAAAUAGCAGGUGUCACUAGUUAAAGGCGUCUGCGGGGAAAUUUGGAGCAGAAGAAGGUGGCCCCUCUGAAUCGACCAAUUAAUACAGAGGGAUCAGCAGCCAUGGAGGAGGCCAAGGCCUCUGACUCUUCUAGGAGCCCGGAAACACCCCCUGAGCCCCACGACCCUGCCGGUUCCCUGCCCCCGACACCCCGGAUGGAGAGCUACUCCGAGGAGGAAGAUCCUUCCGGGGCUGGCGGUGGCCUGGGCGGCAACAGCAGGGGUCCCCGGACCCAGAACCCCAGGAGCCACUCCGCGGAGGCGGUGCUGGGCCGCAAGAAGCACCGCCGGCUGCCCUCCAAGCGCAAGCGGCACUGGCGGCCCUACCUGGAGCUGAGCUGGGACGAGAAGCAGCAGCGGGACGAGAGGCAGAGCCAGCGGGCCUCCCGGCUCCGGGAGGAGAUGUUCGCCAAGGGCCAGGCCGUGGCGCCCUACAACACCACCCAGUUCCUGAUGAACGACCGGAACCCCGAGGAGCCGGACCUGGACGUGCCCCGCGGGGCCUCCCACCCGGGCUCCAGCGAAGACAGCGAGGCGGAGGACAGGCGCCGGCCGGGCCAGGCUCCCGGCGAGUUCCAGCAGAGGGACUUCUCCGAGACCUACGAGCGCUUCCACACGGAGAGCCUGCAGGGCCGCAGCAAGCAGGAGCUGGUGCAGGACUACCUGGACCUGGAGCGGCGGCUGUCGCUGGCGGAGGAGGAGACCCGGCGGCUGCAGCAGCUGCAGGGCCGCGCCAGCCGCCAGUCCUGCCGCCAGGUGGAGGAGCUGGCAGCCGAGGUGGAGAGGCUGCGGACAGAGAACCAGCGGCUUCGGCAGGAGAACGAGAUGUGGAAUCAAGAGGGCGGCCUUGGCAACGGGGAGCCAGGCACCUAGGGGCGCCCCCUUGCCUGUUUAGCCCAAGGAGACAGUUCCAGUUCACACACAUGUAGGCCCGCCGGGUCUCAAGGUGGCAGGUGGUGGAUGAAGAUCACUCCCAGCACCCCAGUGCCCCCUGACGACAGCUUGACUUCCACCUUGUCGUUUCCACAAUUUGUUCUUUGAUUGCAUUUUUUGUUGUUGUUGUUGUUGUUAAUUUCGGAGAGGAAGGGAGAUGGGGAGAGAGAGAGAGAGAAACAUCAAUGGUGAGAAUCAUUGAUCCACUGCCUCCUGCACGCCCCCUACUGGGGAUCGAGCUCACAACCCAGG